AUGCCUCUCCCUACCAAGAUGACUGCCGUCGGCAUCUCCAAGACAGGCAACUCUUCCGACGUCAUCGAGGAAUUCCAGUUUCCUGUCCCAACCCCAGGCCCGAAUCAGAUCCUCAUCAAGGCGAGUCUCAACUGGUCUGAUGCCCAGAAACGCCGGGGCGUAUGGCCACUCCUGCUCCCACCCUUCCCAUUUGCCUUUGGUGUCGAGUGCGCCGGAACGAUUGUCUCCGUCCCCACAGAUGACGAGGUGCUGAAGGACGAGGAGUACAAGGUACGCUCGCUCAACAUUGGCAGCAGGGUUGUCUCGUUCGGGAUGGCCUUCCCCAAUGGACCGAUGUCGGAAUACUUCGUCACGACCUGGGACACCGUCUAUCCUCUACCUGACGAAAUUUCGGGCCGCACUGCGAUAGCGACGCUCACCCCUGGCUGCACGGCCCUCGCGCUCGCGACGGAGGCAUACAAUGUCCAAGCAGGCGACUUUGUCCUCGUGCACACCGUCGCGGGCAGUGUCGGGCUCUUCUUCGCACAGCUGAUCAAGUCGCGCGGGGGAA